AUGGAUCCAUUAUCGGUGGCAGGGUCUAUUGCCGGCCUCGUUACUUUAGCAGAUGCUGUAUUCCGUGGUGUGUACAAGUACUAUAAAACGGUGUCGGAUGCCUCUAAGGAGAUUCAAAAUUUGGCCAGCCAGCUCCAGUCAUUUGCAGGAAUCUUACAUAGUCUUGUACUUCUUGCUGGUGCUCUUGAACAACAUGGCACGCAUACAACACUUCAGAUGACUCAUAUCUCAGACGCUACGACCCUACUCGGGGAGAUCCAAGGGCGUCUCAAUAAAUCUAUGUCAAAGAACAACAGUACCAAGCUCAGUAACAUUCAACGAUCGCUCAAAUGGCCCUUCACAAAGACCCACACUAAGGAGCUCUCUAAUGCUUUAGCUCAACAACAACAGAUCAUCAGCUUAGCAUUAGAGGCUGAUUCCUUAAGUAGUCUGAUAGAGCUUCUGGGUAAUAGUGAGGACAUGAAGAAGAAAAUUUCAUCGAUACAGGUGGGCGUCGAAAACCUACAAGUGCUCACCAGGGUCGAAAUCAAUGCCGAGCGAAAGCGGAUCUUAGAUUCCUUUCUGAAAGUCAACCCACAACCAAAUCUCGACACAAGUAGGAAACUCAGACAUCCUGGCACCGGAACUUGGUUAACUGAGUCACUCCAAUUUCAACAGUGGAUCGAGACAGCUGGUUCCAAAAUGUGGUUGACUGGCAUUCCAGGAGCUGGAAAGACAGUACUGGCCGGAGCUGUGAUACAGAAAGCUUUAGAUAAGGGAAAGAACUCACCUCAGGUUGGUGUGGCUUUCUUCUUCUGCGAUUAUAAAGAUGAGAAGGCUACUGUCUCGUCCAAUAUUUUAGGAGCCAUAGUGUCGCAACUUGGCCGUCAAAGCAAUCAAGCCUUUGACGAAGUGAAGAAGUUGUACGAGUCAUUACACCCUCCAAAUGGGCUAACAAGAGAUCUCGACUCAGAUUUUCUCCAAGACUGCCUUGAAAAGAUAUUCAAGCACUUUGAGCAGAUAAUUUUAGUGGUUGACGGACUGGAUGAAUGUGGAGACAACACAGACGAGACUAUCGAAUGGUUAGUCAACGUUGCUGACUACUCAACCAACGUCACCAUGGCGCUAGCUAGCCGAGAUGAGUACAAGAUUGAUCUGAAGUUACGCGAUAGCUUCACAAAGAUUCCAGUUAGUGCGCGCAGAGAAGAUAUCAUACUUUACGUCGCUUCUGAGAUUGAUAGGCGGGUCAGAGAUGGCAGAUUACGGAUUAACGAUAUGAGCAUCAAGGAUGACAUCCUUACCAAGCUCUCACAUGAUGCUGAUGGCAUGUUUCGGUGGGUUACCUGCCAACUUGACUACAUCUGCGGAUGCCCUACCGAUGCUGACCGCAGGGUGGCAUUGAAAGAACUCCCACCCACGCUUGACGCAACAUACGACCGAAUGCUAAGGAGAAUUCAUCGCGGUCACCCACGAGCACGUCAUAUUGUGCAGAAAUGUCUUCAGCUACUUGCCAUCAAAGGGUUUCGAUGGCAUAUACGUGCCUUGUGUUGUGCCAUUUCUGUACCGGACACUAUUAACGUAACAUUAGAUGAAGGCAGCAUUGUCACAGAAGUGGAGGUUUUAAUCCAAUGCAGCAGCUUUAUUCGAAAAUCUGAAGAUGCAAAAUAUUUCGAAUUCUCACACUUUACGGUUCGUGAAUUCCUAGAGCGCGACAGACUACUUAAGGAUCAUGAGCUUGCUAGCUAUCAUUUAUCAGUACCAAUAAGCCAUGCUGCAUUAUGCCAGCAAAGCCUACGGUAUUUGCUGCUUCGCAACUUCUACCACAUGUCAGAGCUGGAUAAAAGUGGGUUGGGACAAUAUCUCCGGAAAAUUCAGGAAGACCCUUUCUACGUCUCUGCGACUAUUGAUUGGAUAUUUGCAUUAAGAUACACCCCUCAAGAGCCUUGUUGUUUGGAACUUGCUAAGUGCCUAUUCAACCCACAUAAGAGUCCAUCAUUCAUCUCCUGGGCUAUCCAAAUAUGCGCCCGUCUGCUGGAGCUGGCUCCGGACUCCUCUGUUCAGGCCAGCUCAAGUCAUCUCCUGCGCGCGGCCUCUAUGGUGUUAGACCCGGAAUUUCGACCCAUUCAUCUCGCUGCUGCUCUAGAUAUGCCAGAGAUAUGUGAAUAUCUUAUUGACGUCGACACCAAAUGGAACACGGUUUCAAUGAUUGGCUCACCCCUAGAAUGUUCGAUCGGCGGGCCUUUUUGUCUCAUUGGCAGUUGUCCCGAGGGCUUGAAAGAUCUUGAUGAAAUCAGCGACGUGGUUGCCCUGGCAUAUGCUACACAUCGCCCAGGCCAGGUGACUUCAAUGUUGAAAGAAGCAGGCUGCGUUAUGCAAGAUUCCCCAUGUCAGCUUGGACAAUGGUCCCUUAUGGAGGUAGCCAUUCUCUCAGCAGUUGCUUCGCUAGACUUCUCACCAGUCACUAACCUAGUCUCCAUGCGCUGGGUCAUUUCCGAGACAGAAGCGGUUGCCUUUGAGAAGAACAUGGCAUUAUUGCUUCGAGGCUACCCUUACAGUUAUGUCCCAGGCAACCACACCCAAUUGAUAGCCUCGUUUCUUCAAUUGAUAACCACGCUCAACAGCUUCCGGGCAUAUGACAGCGAAGGCGGAUUUAAGAUGUGCGUUGCCGCUUGGAACACAGCUGUCAAACUCGAAUGCGACUUUAUUGAAGACGUCCAUUUAAUUGACACGCGUAUAUCCCUAUCAUUAGAUGCACUCAUACACAAAUGCGGUGUCGCCAUUUCAAACGACGAUGUCGAGUUAAUGCAGAGAUAUUUGGGAGAUAUACGAAUUACAGGUCCCGAAAUUAGCGAUGACGGUGCAGAUGGAUGUGGGUAUUCACUGCUGCGUCGAGCUAUCACCAAGAACUCGGUCAAAGUAGUAAGACUGCUAUCCGAACGUGGUUACAGUCUGAAGAGCCCCUUUUGGGACGGUCUAUUGCCUAUUCACGAAGCAUGGAGUUGCGGCGAAGACAUGAUCAGGCUGUUAUUCGAAUUUGGCGCCUCGCAGUUUGAGGUUGAUAGCAGGGGCAACAACAUUUGGCACUUGGCAGCUUCAAGAUUCAAAUACAAUACGCUCUCGGCUCUUCGCAAAUCAACCGCGGAGGAAAGAUUAAGGGCACUUCAUAUGCAAAAUAAAGAAGGUUUCACGCCAUUGACUCUUGCCAUCUACGAGAUGGGAUCUCUCUCCGAGGAUGGUUCAGAUGGUCGCGAAGAUGCGGCUGCAACGCUUCAGUUCCUACUGGAUGCCUGCGGGUGUGAUACACUAUGCUGGCAGUGUGCCAUGUCACCCUGGCAUCUUGUAGCCCGAUCUGGGUCCGUAAUAGCUAUCAAACAACUCAAAAAGAGCGGUGUCACUCCAGACACUAUUCAAGAAGGCCAGUGUACCCCGCUGCACGCUCUCAACAGCAUGGCUUCUAAGGAAUGUGUUGAGUUGCUCAGGGCUGCUUUUCCUACUGCUGAUAGUAUUCAACACCAGAACCGAACACCAUUGCAGCAUUUCAUCUACAACUGCUUUAUACAACGCAUUGACCCUCCGCUAGGAGUUAUUGAGAGCUUGGCUGAUACUACUACUAGCACAACUCAAACACACUGCGCUCUAUGGGAUUAUUUUUGCAAAGGCAUUCUAGGUUCUACGACACUCUCAGUGGAAUACCCGCAUACUUCACUUGAUACCAUUUUCCAGGACAUUCUUGGGAUAAGGGCUAUUGAGGCAUAUGAAGAAGUAAAAUGUGAAUCCGCAAUUAUACCCCUCUUCUCUUCCAUGGACUCUGGUCAUCGGCAUGCGUUGCUCCAGAAACAAUUAAGCAAGUCAAGGAUUUCAUCGUAG